AUGGCCUUCCCGCCGCUGGCCACCGGACAGGACUCGCCGCCUCUGGGAUGUGGCUGUACUGCUGUGACGGGAGCAGAGCAGAGCUGGGGAGGGAGAGAGAGAGACACCGCCGCCGCCGCCUCCUCAGCUCGCCGGCUCCGCCCCCACAGCGCCGCCCGGCCGCCGCGUCCGCCGCCGCAGCUGCACCGCACCUCACCUCGCCGCCAGGGCCUCCCCGUCCAGCCCACUGCCGCCUCCCUCGCCCUCACCUCGCCGCCAGCGCGCGCCGCCGCCUCCCCGUCCUCCCUCGCCGCCGCCUCCCCGCCCCCCUCGCCGCGCGCGCCCCGCGGGCUCGCCGCGCCCCGCGGGGGCUCCCCGUCCUCCCUCGUCGCCGCCUCCCCGACCCCCCCUCGCCGCGCGCGCCCCGCGGGCUCGCCGGCCUCCCUCGCAGCCGCCUCCCCGACCCCCCUCGCCGCGCGCGCCCUGCUCCCUCCCUCCCACCCCCCUCGCCGCGCGCGCCCUGCUCCCUCCCUCCCUGACCUCGCCCUUAUCCCUGCGGCCGCGCACGCCCUGCCGCGCUGGCCUCGUCCGCUGCCCUCACCGCCGGCCGUGUCCGCUGCGCGCCCUCGCCGCCCGCCUAGUGCGCGCCCGCGCCGCUGGCCUCGUCCGCUGCCCGAUCCGCCGGCCGUGUCCUCGUCCGCUGGCCUCGUCCGCUCCGAGCAGGAAGAGGAUUGGACAAGUUAUGGAUACUUCUACGUAUAG